GGAAAUCAACUUCCGGUGAGGAGGUCCUGGCCGCCGGGUGGUGCGUGGGCUGCGCCAACUUGGGUUCCUGGGCCCGCAGUCACCGGGGGCUGGGGGGCGUAGCCCGUGCCCGGGUGCACGUGUCCGAGAGUCGGGAGUGACGCGCAGAGCACUGCGGCAGGAGCAGGUGCUGUUUAAAGAAUGGAUGAUGACGACUUCGGCGGCUUUGAGGCCGCAGAGACCUUUGAUGGUGAGCAAGGUGGAAACCAAGCAGUGUCUCCUGCUGUCCCCUGGGCCACUUUUCCUGCAGUAUCCGGGGUGGGCCUCUCACCAACUUCGCCUGAGCUCAUCCUGGACCAUGACCACUCGUCUCCACCCACUGGCCACCUCCCUUCAGAUGCCAUCAUCUCCUCACCAGAUGACACACGUGCAGACAGCAGCCUUGUGAGUCAGACCAUCCCAAAAGCUCAGAUUCAGCAGUCAGCGCACACACAUCUGAAUAUCCCACUUUUCCCACUCGGCUUAACGGAUGAGACGAGCCAUGGAGCGAUUGCGCUGGAGGACAAGCCCGAGGGCCCGGGAGCCGAUGUGUCCAGCUCUAAGCUGCAGCAAAAAAUAUCAAGUCUGGAGACUAAACUCAAAGCAUCUGAAGAAGAGAAGCAGAGAAUUAAAAAGGACGUGGAAUCGCUGAUGGAGAAACACAGUGUCCUGGAGAAAGACUUCCUGAAAGAAAAGGAGCAAGAUGUCGUGUCCUUCCAAGCCAGAUACCGAGAGCUGCAGGAAAAGCACAAACAAGAACUGGAAGACAUGAGGAAGGCUGGGCACGAGGCGCUGAGCAUCAUUGUGGAUGAGUACAAGGCACUUUUGCAGUCUUCAGUCAAGCAGCAGCUAGAUGCCAUCGAGAAACAAUACGUGUCUGCUAUCGAGAAGCAAGCUCACCGGUGUGAGGAGCUGCUGCACGCUCAGCAUCAGCGACUCCUGCAAGUGCUGGACACCGAGAAGGAACUGCUAAGAGAGAAAAUUCAGGAAGCUCUGACACAGCAGUCGCAGGAGCAGAAGGAAACACUGGGAAAGUGCCUGCAGGAGGAAAUGCAGAGGAAUAAGGAGACACUGGAGUCGGCUGUGAAGCUUGAGAAAGAAGCGAUGAAAGAUGUUAUCACCCAAGCAGUGGAAGAGGAAAGGAAAAAUCUAGAAAAAGUUCAUGCUGAAGAAAGGGAAAUGUGGAAGGCAGAACACUCAAGAGAUCAGGAAAGGGUAGCAGAGGCCAUCCAGGCCGCUGUCCAGGAGCAGCAGAAGCUGAGUCAGGAAGCUGUCAAGGCAGCCAUAGCGGAAGAACAGAAGCGGAGUGAAAAAGCUAUGGAGGAAGCAGUGAAGAGAACAAGAGCCGAGCUGGUGGAGUACGUGAGAGAGCAGCGAAGGCUGGAUCAAGUCACCCGCCAACGCAGCCUGUCCAGCCUGGAGCUGUUCUUGUCCUGCGCCCAGAAGCAGCUCAGUGCACUCAUGGCGGUGGAGCCUGUGGACAUCGAAUAGAGACAUGGCUGGCCACCCCGCCCUGCUCGCUAGGCCUGCCCACUCAGAAGCGUCCUCUCCUGCACCCAGAAGCAGCCGAGGGCUCCCAUGGCCCUGGAGCCUGUUGUUGGCCUUGAAUAAAGGGAGCAUGGCGGGCACCUUCCCCAACCAUUGUGUCAGUCACUAGGCUUCUGACUUAGAUGCUCUGGCGUGGACAGAUGGUUUCAUUUCUGUUUAAACGUGGAGAGUUGGUUUCCAGUUCAAGGCUGAGCCGGAGCAGAACCCAGAACCAUCAACAGUU